AUGGUGUUCCCUUUAACAUUAUUAAAAUGCUCUCAAAAUCAACCAGUGAUGGUUGAAUUAAAAAACGGUGAAACAUAUAGUGGAUUUUUAGUAUUUUGUGAUCGUUUUAUGAAUUUACACAUGAAAAAUAUAAUAUGCACAUCAAAAGAUGGAGAUAAAUUUUGGAAAAUUUCUGAAUGUUAUGUAAGAGGGAAUAGUAUAAAAUAUAUUCGAGUUCAAGAUCAAGCUAUAGAACAAGCCAUUGAGGAAACUACUGAACAAAAACUAAGAAAUAUAGGAAGGGGCAGAGGAAGAGGUAGAGGAAGAGGUACAGAUAACAGAGGUGGAAGAGGACGAGCAAUAAGAAGAGGAGGACGAGGUUUCUAA